CAAUGAGGUUCCGCUGGCGACAGUGUGCGAAAUCGCUCCGAUCGCCGCCCGAUUGUCGAGCUGCACGGCGAUGCCAACAGUUGGUUGCCAGCGCUGCAUUCGAACGUUUUGCCUUUGCCCCGACCACAAAGCUCCGGAAAAGCGAGCACAAAAUCGUCGUGAACAUAAAUCGGAAAAAAAAAACAGAAUAAAUCGGAAUAAAUCAAGUCGAAAUGGUGCUCGACAUUAAGAUGUGCCGAUUUGAUAAUGUGCCCUGGGGUUUUCGCCUGGUGGGCGGGGCGGACUACGACUAUCCGCUGACGGUGGUUAAGGUGACCGAAGGCAGCAUUGCUGACGAGGCUGGACUGCGGGUCGAGGACAUCAUUGUGCGCAUCAAUGACACGGCUGCCACGCCCCUCAGCCACGACGAGGCCCACCGCCUCAUUAUGAACAGCGGCAGCGUUUUCUACUUUGGCGUCUACCGGGAGAACGAGGAGGACGCCUACGAGUGCCUUACGAAGUUUCCGAUGAGCGAGGGUUCGUUGACCAAGUCACCAUCGCCAUCGCAAUCGCCAUCCCCAACCAAUUCGCCGUCUCCAGCGACUCCAUCGCUGUCCCAGCGGACGGAAGCCACAAAUGCCCGCACUCCGGAACCGGAGCCAUUCGUGCCGCCUCCCAGGGCAUUCGCCACCAUUGCGGCUGCUCCUGCUGUGGACGUGGAUGUCCAUGUGCUGGCGGAAUGUCGCCAAGCCGUGUCGGAAGUGCAUUCGGAAGACAAUUGCGGGCAUGGGGAUGUACCAGCCCGGCCAGCAGAAGAAGCCGUCUCCAAUGGGGGUCUGUACUUGCCCGAUUUGCCCGAUCGCCCGUGCUCGGCGCUGUCGGAACCGCAGGAAAUUAAGCUGGUGGAGGAGGAAAUUGCAGCCGUGCUGUCCGGCGAGUCGGAGGUGCUCAAGGAGCACAAUGUACUCGGCGUCAAUUUCUAUAGGAUCUUUCCCAAGCCGGGCGUCUGCAUGUCCAGCGAUGUGCUGCGCUCGCUCAACGAGGAGGUGACCAAGACCAAGCUGGAGAAGGACAAGGAGAACCGCCAGUGGUCCACCUUCCUGCAGCGGCCCAAUCGUCCCGUGCCGAAGAGCAAGCAAAUGCUGGAGGCGGAGCGCCGGGCGGCCAAUGCCUACAAGGUGACGAUUGUCAAGUCGGCCCCACGAGAUAAAUCGCCCAUGCCGGAAGCUAAGCCGGCGCCAAAGGAAACCUCACCAGCCAAAGAAGAGGAGCAAAAGGAGGAACCCGAGCAGGACGAGGUGGUGGCGGAGCAGGAGCAGGUGCAGGAGCCCGACCCGGAGCCCGAGAAGGAAGAGGAGCCACUGCCCACGGAUAGCGAGGUGCCGAAUUUGGAGCAGUUGCCGGAGAGCGAGGUGCCGGACGAGCAGCCGGAGAAGGCCGAUGCCCCCAAGGAGGUUUGCGAAUCGAAACCGGACUCACCCGGAGUUGACCCCGAAUCAGUCGAGACUCCGACUGUAUCAACACCUCCGGCUGAAAUCGUUAGCACUCCAACUAAAACGGACGAAGAGUUGGCCCUGGAGCGCCAAUUGGCCGAUGUGCAAAGACAACUGGCCGCCCUCUCGUCACUGCCCUCCACCAUACAGUCCACCCUGGAUGCGGUGACCAAGCAGCUGGCCGAUUUGCUGCCCACUUUCAAGUUGCAACAGCAGGAGAAGCAACUGCCGCAAAUCGAUGAAAACCAGGAGGAUGGGGAAACCACCACCACCACCAUCACCACCAUUGCAGGCGAAACGGAGGAUGCAGGCAAGGACAUAUCCAUAUCUGGCAGUGACAACCCACUGGGGCCAUGUGAGAGUAAUGAGGAUAGAUGCGAUGCCAAUGACCGAGAAGUGGCGGAAAUAUCGCGCUCCACUGGCGACAAUCGCCUGGCCAAGGACAAAAAAAAGGAUCUGGAAAAGGAGCUGCUGGAGCAGCAGGAGCCUUUGUCCGAGGAGCAGACCUUCAAGAAGCAAAAGAGACACGAUGUCAUUGAGGAGCUCGAGGAGCAUUUGGUGCGCAAAAACAAUCCCCGGCGGUCGAAGCGGGCCUUUGGGCCAUUGGUCCCAUCCUCGGAACGUCCGCUGGUCCUUCCCGGCGGUCGGCGCUGGUACCGUCCCAAGGAUGCCUACAACGAUGAGUUCAUAGCCGAGACCCUGAGCGCCCAGGCGGAGCUCAUCACGGGCAGCACUCUCGGCAGCUGUCCGUACGAGAGCCCGUUGCUGGGCUACGAUUCCAGGGUCAACUUCAUGAAGUACCAGAAGCCGGAGCGCAAAAUCGAUCUGAAUCGCAGCGAGGUGUACAAGUAUCUCAAUCCGCAUCUGGACAGGGCGCCCGUGCGAGGCAUCGAGGUGCGUGCCCCGCUGGUGGCCGCCGAGUCCGACAUUCGCCAGUCGCUGCAAUCGUAGGAAUGAUGUACCACCACCCCGAAUGUUUUACAACAACACCCCACUGCGCAGCCAAGACCGCAGCUGCACUGAGAAAAAAACACCCUAUACAAGUAGGAUUUUUUUAAGGUAAAAGUGGAACACAUUCUUAAGCUUGGCAGAGAAGCGUUAAUAGAGUUUCUAGCCGUCACAAAAAGAUAUGAUAAUCUCGUUGGAAAGUGUAUGAAAAUCUUAAAUUAAUUUUAUUUUUAUGCUCACGCUUGGGUAAAUCCCUUCUAAUUAUUCUUGCGUAAAAACAAUUUCACAAUAACUAAAUUUUUUCAUAAAUAUAUACCAACUUUUAAAUAUAUUUUUCAUCUAAUCAAUUUAAAAAGAAUUUGCUCAGAUCUUUCCUUUUUUUACAAUGAAAUAAUAAGCAAUCAAUCAUAACUUAAGAUGUGUUAUAAAUUAUAUGGUGGACAUAAAUUGAUUUUCGUAUCAAUUCUAAUUAUUUGUAAAACGCUUCUCUGCUGACUUUUGGGAUGCUGAAAAACCCACAUAUAUCUUAGA